UGGUGCAGUAGAAGGAGCCGACGUUCCGAUUGGCUUCUCCUGAGAAGGGAGGGGACCAUGCUGAGCUUUUCGAAUUCAAUUGAAAGGGUUGCGGUUGCUGGGAUCUCUGGUGUGCCCGGAGGCUACGUUGACAUGUCCUUCCCCAAGGCCCCGCUUAAGCGCUUCAAUGACCCUUCUGGCUGUGCACCAUCUCCAGGAGCUUAUGAUGUCAGAACUUCAGAAAUACCAAAAGGACCAGUAUCAUUUGAGAAAUCACAACGAUUUAGACGUGGUCAGGCUUCUAUGGAAAAUCAACAAGGUCUUAACAAUGACAAAGAUAGGCCCACACCCACAACUGGGAAAAAUCUGAAACCUUUGAGAUUAAAGACAGAAUCUCAAAGGGAUAUUAAAGAGCUGAAAAAGCUGAAGAUGCAGGAGAAAGAGAUACGUGCCCUGGUGCAAGAACGUGCAAUACAGGAUAAACAUCUUCAAGAUUUGGAAGCAGAGUUUGAAAAGAUGGAAGCAAGGCUAAACAUAGCAGUCAGAGAGAAAACAUCUCUCUCAGCAAAUAUUGCAUCUUUGGAAAAGCAGCUUAUUGAAUUAACUAGAGCUAAUGAACUACUAAAAACAAAGUUUUCUGAAGAUGGCAACCAAAAGAAAAUGAGUUAUCUAAGCUUAGAGUUAAUGAAACUGAAGAAUAAGAUUGAAGCAAAGAAGAAGAAUGUUCAUGAACAAGAAGGGAUGGAAAUCAAACUGCGUAUGGCACAAAAGACCCUUCAUGAUUCUCAAGAAAGCCUGGCACAACUUGAGGAAAAACUUGUUACUACAGAAAAAGAAACGAUUGAAGAAAAAUUAGAAAUAGAAAAUCUCUUGGAAUAUAUUACAGAAGUCAGCUCUACAUCAGAUCAAGUGGAGAAAUAUAAAUUGGAUAUUGUCCAAUUGGAAGAGACUUUGAAUCAGAAGAAUCAAGAGAUUUUGAUCCUUAAGCAGUCUCUGGAUGAAAAUAUGGAUGUAUUAUCUAAAAAAAUUAAAGACUUGAACAAUAGAUGUCAGAUUCUUGAAAAGCAAAAAGGGGAACUUGUCAGGCAAGACGAAGAACGGGAACAAAAUCUCAAUGCUGAGAUACUAAGUUUGAAAGAAAGAUUAACUCUAGAAAAACAAGAAAAUGAAAAGCUGGAACAAAAGCAGACAGAAACUGAUUUACGUCUGCAACAAGAGCAGGAGUUAUCUUCUAGCCUUAACCAGAAGCUUUGUUUAUAUCAAGAGGAGUUAAUUAAUGAGAAAAAUCUUUUUCAAGAAGAAUUAAAAGAAGCAUUGAGUGAGCUAGAUAAAUUGCAACAAAAGGAUGAGCAGGCUAAAAGGCUGGUGAAGCAGCUGGAACAAGAGAAUACAUCCAGAGCUAGAGAGCUGCAACUCUUGGAAGAAAAGCUUAAAGGGAAACAGGAUGAAAUUGAGAAAAGCAAGGAAGCAUACAGUCAGGCCUCUCUGCACUGGCAGGAAAAGUACAACGAUACACUGCAAAGUCUUAAAGAAGUCAUGGCUGAAUUUGAAAGCCAUAAAGGAUCAGUGACUGAAGAAAUGGUGGAUCUUAGGUAUGAGAAUUCGUCACUACGGAAAAAAGCUUCUGAGGCAGAAAAAACAAUUGAGCUUGUUCAGCUGCAAAUGUUGGAGGUUCAGCAUGCUAAAAAUAAAAAGGAUGAAGAAUAUGCCAGGUUGCUUUUAGACAUGCAGAAUAAAUUGGCACUUAAAGAAGAAGAAAUAAAAGAAACAACAGCUUCUUCUCUAGAACAGAUAUCUGAUUUACAGAACAGAUGCAAGCAACAAAGUGAAGACUUUAAGAGACAAGCUGAGAUGGAAGAAACAAGCAAAACUGGAGAAAUGAAUAUGGAAUUAACACAAGAAGUGAAAAAAUGGCGUCUCCUUUAUGAAGAACUUUAUAACAAAACAAAGCCUUUUCAGGAACAAUUGGAUGCAUUUGAAGCAGAAAAGAGCGCUUUAUUGACUGAACAUGGCACAACACAGGAAGAACUGAAUAAACUAAGUGAAUCCUAUGCUAAGUUAUUGGGGCAUCAGAAUCAAAAGCAAAAAAUUAGACACGUCAUGAAAUUAAAGGAAGAAAAUAACCAGCUCAGAUUGGAGGUUUCUAAACUCCGUUCUCAGCUGGCUAAGGAAAAACAAGCUGGGAAAAGGCUUCAGAAGCAAGUGAAUGAAGCAAAAGGUUUUAAGAGGUUUGAUCCUUCUAAAGCUUUUCAGCACGAGAGUAAAGAAAACUUUACUCCCAAAGUGCCUUUGAAAGAAGGUAACAGAAAAUGCUGCUGAGAUCCUAUGGAGUUUCUAGAAUCAUGAGAGAAGACAUCACAGAUAAUCUAUAAGAACUAUUUAUAAUUUAUUGGUUUUUGGAAUAUUCUCAAAUUUCUGAGAUUUUAAUGAUGCUGAUGAUUUAAUAAUUCACCUAUAUUUAGCUCUAUGAAAAGUAUCCAGUAUUCCAUCAAUCUUGACUCUUUACAUCCAGAGAUAAUGUCCCAUUUUAGUUUUCUUUAACCUUUCCAUGCCCCUUUCCAUUCAUACUCUCUCUGCUGUAGUACAGUAGUCUCUACAGUUGAUUUCCAUGCUUCAGUUCUCUUUUUCUGCUUUGAAUUUUUUCUGCGUACUUCCAUCAGAUUAGUCUUCCUCUAAAAAAGUUAUUGGCAUUAUGUAUUCUCCCAGCAAAAUCUGCUGCAUUGUUAUUGCACUUUUGUUAGUAACCAAAAGGGGAAAAAGGGACAAAAAUUACAAUACUGAAUUUAUUAUCUUGUGUGAUUGCAUUUAGACUGAACUACUACAUUAGGGCUACAUUGCAACAUUUUGAAUAAAAGCUCGGUAUGAGUUUGAGAAUUUUAAAAUAAGGAGACUUAGUCAUUUUCACCUAUCCCUUUCAGUUCCUACAUUUGUAGCACAUGCAUCUCCAAAUGAGUGAUUAUUUGAUAAUCUAGUAUCCUUUCCAAAGAGGAGGAUGAAGAAGAAAGUCCAUUCAAAAGAUUUACCCAUCCAAAAGUGACGACUUAGAGGAUAUUCUUUCCAGCUAUCUAGAGACUGGUGGUAUGUGCUAUGGUCAUUCACUUCUGUGUUCAAAUUGGAAUGAUGGCAUAGCAGUUCUCAUAUAAAGUGCCACAUUUUUCCCUUUUGUAUGGGAAAAGUUACAUCUCUGAUGUGUGUUAAAAAUGCUUUCUCCUUGGAGGAGGGUGGAGGGUAGGAGAAGGUCAUCCAGCACUGAUUGGGAGCAAGGUAUUAUCUACGAACUUCCAGAUCUAUACUUUGGGAACUUUGGGUGCAGUAAUUGAGAAUCAUGAGGACAGAAGAUCUGCAUGCUUCCUCAUUUCCUCAAGGUUGGCUAACAAGAUGUGUACAGUUUUAUCUGAUUUUCUAGUGGUUAUAGGGCCAUUUUGGCCCCAGAUGGAUGUUCCUCUAUAAAACUGUAAUUAAAGAAACUUCUAGGGCUAGUUUCAAGCUUGAAAGCCAAAGAAUGCAAGAAGAAAUUAAAACUAGUUAGAUGUUCUAGGUAUUAGUCAAUUAAUCCAUGCAUACCUUUUCCUAGGGAGUUCUGCCCUGAAUGUUUGUCCAGUGCCAGAAGAAUAGCCUUGGGUUUCCAAUAAGAAUCUGAGACCUCAGAUAAAGAUGCUGUUUUCCCUUGAGUUUCACAUAUGAAUGUUAGCUCAGAUGCUAAAAGAAAUAGAAGAAUAAACUUUAAUACACUAGGAUUUUAAUUGGAGGGGGGAAAUAAGGGGGGAAAGAAGCCUUUAUUUAUUUAGCUUUGUAUAAAGGUAUGUACAUGUAUGUAUAUUUUUUCCUAGCAAGAAAUAUCUAUUUGCAUUUCCCUUAGGAAGGAUGGCACUUGGAGUACUUCUAAAUAUAUAUGUGUAUGUGUGUGUAUGUGUAUAUGUAUAUAUACAUAUAUAUAUAUAUAUAUAUAUAUGUAACUUUAUAUACAUCUGUAUAACAAAUGUCAUGGAAACUACAAAUCAGACCAUUUAAUUGGAUUGUUACAGAAUAUUAAUGACUGUAAUUAAUUGAUUCAAAAUUAUUUAAUGUUUCUUACUCUAUAACUUUAUUUUCCUUUUCCCUUUUUAUGCAUUUUAACCUAAACUUCUGUCAAAUAAAUAUCUUUUUAUGAAAGUCAUUAAAAAAAGGGAUAACAAAUAUGAUUAACAAAAUCCAUCUCUUUUGUAUGUCUUCUGUUUCUCUACCAUAUGCAAAACUGCUACCAUAUAAUGCUUAGUCAUGGGUGGCAUGAGAUGUAUUUAACUUAGAUUUAUGGAUAAAAUAAAAAUUCACAAGUAUUCUAUAACUUUUCUCCCCCUUUUAGUUAUCUGUCAUCCUCAGUCUUGAGACUGUAUCACUUUGUAUUUUGAGUUGAUAUUAUGUGGGUAGGUGACUUAACUGGCAUUUAAAUUACAAUGAAUUUUUUCUGAAUUAAGAGCAGGUAAAUAUUUCUUUGGAUUAAAAAUUUUGGAGAAAUGUGGCAAAACUUGUCACAAAUAAAUGUUUGACAUUUUGAUUUAAAAACAAAAAUGAAAACAGCCCCAAGUAGUUUGGGCCCAUAAGUGGUAGGCUCAUAAGAAAAAUGUUAGUGUAAAUAUUAGACAUUCAAAGCUCUUGACAAAUAUGAAGUCAGCCUACAGUUAAUUGGGAAAUAGUUUGCAAAUAAAAGUACCUUUUUGGAAAUUGGGGAAUUCAGAGUAUUAAAAUUAGAGAAUCCUUUUUCAUUAAAUAUACUUACAUUGCUGAACAUUUAUUCUUAAUGAACAUUUUAAUUCUAGUUAGCAGUAGGAAUAUCAAGAAAUAUGACGUGUCAUCCUCAAUAUUCCUUGACCAUUUCUUCUUAAACUGAGAGUAAAGAUAUAUCUAAUGAAUUUCACUCUCGUAUUGUAAAAAGACAAGUCCAAGUUUGGUUCUGACGCAGAGACGUGUGACCCUGGAUAUAGAUCCCUGGACCUCUCUGCCUGUUUUCCUGUCUGUAAACUAGGGAUAACAUCUGCACUGUCUUUCAGACUGGUGAGGAUAGGAAGCCAAUACAUACUAGGCAAACGUGAGCUACUGAACUUCAUAGGGCCUUGUCUCCAAAAAGCAUACUUGGAAAAAGUUCCACCGGUGAUGGUCUCAUGGAGACGUUUUCUUAAUUAAAUUUCUUUUACAGCUGUUACUUGAGAACAAAUUUAGUUACUGUUUUGGAACUUUACCAGUGUAGAAGUGGCCGAACACAGAAGGGCUGCAUUGCUAUAACGUUAUUUCACUGAUGUGUCUCCCCUUCUGGUGGUGCCCAUCACAAUCCAUCUGUGCCUUCUCAUCCUGCACAACUUUUGCCCAUGCCCUUCUGUCAUUUCUUCACAGGGGCCUGAGCCAGUUCCCUGAGGACUUUCUCGUAAUAGUACAUUGGUGUCAAUGCAGCAUCCAAGCUUUUUUUUUUUCUUGCUAUGUGACCAGCUCAUUGCCUUUUCUGAUUACAUAUCUGACAUAUUUUGUGUUACUCCAUGCAUAAAAUUAUUUGUAAUGUGCUGCAAUUGAUGCCAAUCAUUUGAGAGACCUGCAAUUUUGAUUCCAUAGCAUUGUGGUUAAUCCAAGAUUCACUGCCAUAUAGUACCAUGAGAAGAGUGUUGGUGUUUAAAAUAAAAAAAAAACAAAAUGAUGGGUUUUUGUUUCUGGUUGAUGCUUAAAGUCAUUGAAAAUGCUAUGAAUUUUCCAAGUGCAAUCCAGCCUUCUUUCUCUUAUUCAUUUCUCUGGGGUUGAUGGAUCGUGUGUUUUGUUUUUAAGCCAAUAUUGUCAUUUCUAGCUAGUUCAGAAAUAGCAACUGAACAGGAAUAGCAGCUUUAUAAACAUGUAGAAAUAUUUCUGAAAAGCUGAGAUGUGUAACACUAUUUAAGAGACAAUUGAGUUACAAGGGAGGUACAUAAGGCAGGUGGCUUUGCCCUGGUCAUAGAAGGAAAUGGAAUAGAACCUAUAUCUAAUGUGU